AUGUCCUUUGCCAGUAAGAAUUUUGGUGGCAGCACCAGUUUCACCAAUGUAAACCCGAAAUCUAUUUCACAGUUCUGUCCCCCUGGAGCCAAAUGGUCCACAUGCUCCAACUGUGAUGACUAUUGUCAACCGAAAAACAUAUUGUGUACAGCAGUAUGUAAGAAAGGCUGUGUGUGUACAGCGGAGGGGUAUAAGCUCUAUAAUAACACCUGUAUUCCUGCUGACCAAUGCCCCUCUGAGGUCAGUAAGCCAGGUCCCAUCCUUUCCUGCCCACGGGAUACAGAAGAAUCUAACUGCACAGGCUGUCAGGCAGAAUGUCCUAUUAAUAAUAAGAAAUGUACAACUUCAUGUCAGAGAGGUUGCAAGUGUAAAAUUGAGGGCUAUUUCCUUCAUAAUGGCGCCUGCUUUCCUCGUUCUCAGUGCCCUUAUCGCCAGCAGGAUGGAAACUGUCCAGACCACAUGCAGCAUAAAUUCUGUUCAGAUUGUGAAGAUUAUUGUCCGAUCCAUGGACAAAAAUGUAUAAAGAAGUGCAGGAUGGGAUGCGUAUGUAAGGAAGGGUUUCUGAUGCAUUAUGGGAAAUGUGUCCAUAAAUCAGGGUGUCCACAGGAAUUUUCUUUUGUUGAAUCCUGUCCUAAAGAAACCAAGUGGAAAAAAUGUGUUCCGUGCAAGGCGCACUGCUUUCCUGAAAGUGACUGUAAGAAAAAAUGCAUACAAGGCUGCAUAUGUAAAGACAAAAACUUGGUUUUUUAUGCUGGACAUUGCAUCACGCGAGAAGAAUGUCCUUUGCUUCCUCAUUAAUCCUAGACCUGAAUUAUGGCUAAACGAAGACGUCUCGAAAUACCGAGCAGACAAAACCCUUCACUACCGUCAAUCAGCUACAUUCACCGGGAACUAGCAGAAAAUUG